UUGACAGUGUUGUACUCAUUCUACCUCCAGCAGCAGUCACACGAGUUUGUGAGCUCCUACAAGCACAGAAAUGGCAACUUUCGAUAAACAGAAGACUAUCGAUCUCAGACGGAAACAUGUAGGUCCAUCAUGCAAAGUGUUCUUCAGUCAUGACCCUAUCAAGAUUGUGCGAGCAAGGGGCCAGUACAUGUACAACGAAAAAGAUGAGAAAUACCUGGAUUGCAUAAACAACGUAGCACAUGUGGGUCAUUGCCACCCAGAUGUGGUUGAGGCAGGAACAAAGCAAAUGGAGCUUCUCAACACCAACUCUCGCUUCCUACAUGACAAUUUGGUCCUGUAUGCUCAGCGUCUCCAAGCCACCCUUCCUGAAAAGCUCUCUGUGUGCUACUUUGUCAACUCAGGGUCCGAGGCAAAUGAUCUGGCUCUGAGGUUGGCCUGGCAGUAUACCAGCGGCAAAGACAUCAUCACACUGGAGAAUGCCUAUCAUGGUCAUGUGUCAUCGCUCAUUGAUAUCAGUCCAUAUAAGUUUCAUCAGAGGACUGGUGCAGAGACGUGCCAGCAUGUGCAUGUGGCUCUCAGUCCAGACAUUUAUAGAGGCAAAUACCGUGAGGACCACCCAGACCCUGCCACUGCCUAUGCUGAAAAUGUCAAAGACGUAAUCGAACAGGCCCAUGAAAAGGGACAUAAGAUUGCCGCUUUUAUCGCUGAGUCCCUGCAGAGUUGCGGAGGGCAGGUCAUUCCUCCGGUGGGCUACUUCCAGAAAGUGGCACAGCAUGUGAGAAAUGCAGGAGGCAUAUUCAUUGCUGAUGAGGUGCAGGUGGGCUUUGGCAGGGUGGGCACCCACUUUUGGGCCUUCCAGCUACAGGGAGAAGAUUUUGUACCAGAUAUUGUUACAAUGGGCAAACCUAUUGGAAAUGGUCAUCCAAUGUCAUGUGUGAUUACCACCAGAGAGAUUGCUGAAAGCUUCAUGUCAUCUGGAAUGGAGUACUUCAACACAUUUGGCGGUAACCCAGUAUCAUGUGCUAUUGGAUUGGCGGUGCUAGAUGUAAUUGAGAAGGAAGAUCUCCAAGGCAAUGCCCUGCAUGUCGGAGGUUAUCUGACUCAGCUUUUGGAUGAUCUGAAGAAAAGACACCCCUUAGUAGGUGACGUGAGGGGCCGUGGCCUGUUUGUUGGGUUGGAGCUGGUAAGAAACCGGGAUAAGAGAACACCGGCCACAGCUGAAGCUCAGGAUGUUAUCUACAGACUAAAAGAGCAGCGGAUUCUACUCAGUGCAGAUGGCCCACACCGCAACGUUCUGAAGUUCAAGCCUCCUAUGUGCUUUACUAGAGAAGAUGCUGAACUUGCUGUGGAGAAGAUUGACCAAAUUCUGACAGACUUAGAAAGGGCUUUGGGCCUUCACAUGCAUGAAGCAGUAAUCUCUGAGAAUGGACACAGUAAGAGAAAGGUAAACUUGCAGUUUACCUGUAAGGAACCCAGUGAUGAAAAUAGCCUGGUUCAUGCCUCAAAUGACAGCAGCCAUGAGCACGCCAGCACAAUACCUCACAGCAAAAACAACAAGAAGAGACUAAGAACCUAUUGAAACAUCAGGGGAAACAACUGCUUUAAAUUACUUUUUAAUUAUGUCUGUAACAUUUUCCAUGUUUUAAUGGAUCUACAAUUAAUCUGUAUGAACAUUAAAUUGCCAUUUAUUUUAGUGGUGUCAUUCAGAACUGUAAAAUAUUACCUCUCAGUGAAAUAAAACUAUCCAAUACGAUAAUGAUGUUAGAAUAGUAUUAGCUUUCACACACAGAAAGCUAUAAAGGACUAAAAAGGAACAUAAGAGUGAUAAGAAGCUAAUAAAUCAUUAUAUGUACAUGCCAUUAUGGUUUUCUGUGUUGUGACCAGAGACACCUGCUGGAGCUGGUUAGUUUUGUGGGAGAUAAUAGUUUAAAUGUAUCUGUAAGCCUGUGCAACUGCACGCAUACCUGAACAAAUGCGCACUUCAGCAGGUUCUGCUGUCUGCCACAGUAAAACAGCAGGAGAAUCACUCCUGUGGAAUAGUAAUGGACCCUCUAGAAAAAAGACAACAUGGAGGGGGAAAAACUGAUGUAGAAUGAAAGAUCAUUUUUAGAAUAUUUAAAAUUACAUCUAGAAAAAUAAUUGUCAGUUUGUAGUUUAUAUAGGUGCUGAUGGCCUAUCCGUUGAAUUUUAUUUACAUUUUUCUUAAUGCAACCUAGUUUGUUUAAAUGAUGUAUUAGAAAAGGAGAGAUGACUUCCACAAUGAAUCAAGUUCUUAUUACUCUGAUUCCCAAAACCAAUAAAGACCCACUUUUAACUGAGAA